AGAGAGCGUCUGGAAAGAUGGAGUACAUUCACCAUAUAGCCACUCUAUAACAAAUCGGACAAGGACAUCAGCAAGACAUUAUUGGGAUUUAUUGUAAAUGUAAGAGACUGAAGAUUGGCUCUUGCAUUUGCAUUAAGGAACUAGCGAGGUGAGAAAGCGAGAGAAGAGAAUAUGUUGCCUUCACAGGAAGCCUCUAAAAUCUACCAUAACAAUUACAUGCGGAAUUCCAGAGCCAUCGGUGUGCUGUGGGCCAUCUUCACCAUUUGCUUCGCGAUCAUUAACGUGGUGGUUUUCAUCCAGCCUUACUGGAUCGGGGAUAGUGUCGACACUCCCUACGCCGGCUACUUUGGCCUUUUCCAUUACUGCAUCGGGACAGGUUUAAGCAGCCGGGAUUUAAUAUGUCAGGGAACCUUCUCCGACUUCUCCAGCAUCCCCUCGGGUGCCUUCAAAGCGGCGGCGUUCUUCGUGCUGCUCUCCAUGGUGCUGAUCCUCGGCUGCAUCACCUGCUUCGCUCUCUUCUUCUUCUGCAACACCGCCACUGUCUACAAGAUCUGCGCCUGGAUGCAGCUCCUGGCAGCUGUUUGUCUUGUUUUGGGCUGCAUGAUAUUUCCUGAUGGAUGGGACUCGGAAGCUGUGAGAAAGAUGUGCGGAAAUAAAACAGGGAAAUACACACUGGGAAACUGUUCUGUGCGCUGGGCCUAUAUCCUGGCUAUCAUCGGCAUUCUGGAUGCAUUAAUCCUCUCCUUCCUGGCAUUCGUACUUGGGAAUCGACAAAAUGAACUCCUUCAGGAAGACCUCAAAGUUGAGAACAAAGAUUUCACCGGUGCCGCGAGGAUCUGAUGUGAGAUUGAAACCCAGUGUUGCAGACGCCUCAUUACUUGCCAACGUCACUGAGAUUAAAACGCCUUUAAGUACCGCACCAAUACAACAAUACAGAUCUUUUUACUGAAACACAAAAACAAAAUCGAAAAACAAAGACACAAGGUAAAAACAAAAAAAAUUACAUCUGCAAAGACUGCCAUGCCCCCUCCUCCACAGGAUGUAGGAAAUUGCUGCUCUAGAGAAAAGCUUCCACUAGGACAUUCUCCACACAACAGCCAGUGAUGUACUACGCUGCAAGGACCCUGGAUCAAACAGUAUGUAUUCACCAAUCAGGAUUGACUUCGCAGACACUAGGUGCAUACAACCUUUGUAUACAGCACAGUAUUGGUAUCUGAUUCUGUACUUUGUUGUACUUUGACUACACGACUGUAAAGUUGAUUUGAUAUUUUUCUGUACAGAGUUUAAAAAUGACAAAAUAUAAAAUGUAAAUUCUACUAAAUACAGGGUAAGAUAGGAUUUAGUGGCACAUGUAUAAAGAAUUUUAACAAAAAGUUGCUACAUGCCAGAAAGCUUCAGAGUAGAUCUUCUGUUAUAUAUCAGGAACAACAGUGGACAGACCAUGCAGGCAUUUUCAGUUUUUAAAAAAAAACACUAUGCUCAAACUGCUUUAUAAACUCCUGUCUGCUCCUGGGUUCAAACUGCAUUACAGGGCAAUAUUGAUACUGUUCACCCUAUCACUCAAAAGACCUGAAUUGGUGUAGGCAAGGUUCACUGGUGCUUGUGUUCCAAAUAACUCAUUUAUCCCUUUCUAUGGUGUGUCCGGGGUAAUGAAUGAUUCUGUAUUAGGCUGAAG